AGGGCUGCAGGGCUCUGCGGCUCUCCAACCACAAGAUGUCAAAUAAGGACAACACCUGAACAAGAACAUCCACUGAGGAGGAACUGAUCCUGACUAAGCAGAACAGAAUGUGUUUAACGUUGAUGAUUUUCUUACGAGUGCUUAUCUGUUAUCAAGAACAUGAUUGUGCAGCUAGGGCAUAACCGCUGUAUAAAUGUUGAGACGACAGAGCGUGCAUCAGAGCGCUUCGCAGCGGUGUAACUGUGCACGUCUCUGAUCGUUCUCCUCGCGAGUGAUUAGAGGAACUGACUUUGACUUCCUCCUCUCUUGUGCUUAUUAUGAUGUUUUAGGUCGAGAGAACCUGACAUUAACUUGGUCCUUCGAGCCGGAUCCCAACACACCGGACGGUUCCAUCGAGUGAGUUGAUCUCAGAAAAACCGUGGCCACGGCAGGGUCAUAGGACCCUGGACAGAAUCCUUUUCAGAGGACUGACAUCCACUCUCCGGAUGGAAUCCGACGGUUGACGGGAGUCCGAGGGAAGAAGUCAAAGCAGGUAAAUAUAGUUUUCUUCCGGGGAAAACAAAGAAGUGUGAUUGCACGACCGCGUUCGUGGCAAAAGUAAAACCCUGUAAAUUCUAGACUCUAACAGGUAAAAAAGGACGGCGGAGUCCUCUUAAGAGAAGUUAAAUUCCGUAUAAAAGAAUCGAUCGAAAUAAAGACAAAAGAGGAGUGAAUGGUGUGAGAGCGAAUGGGAGUGUAACUCACUGGAGAAUCACUCCAUACCAAAGCAGUGAGAGAGGAAACGGUACGCUAACUGUGGAUGCAGAGGCAAGAAAUUUCCACCUGAAAUCAGGUAGAAGUGAAAUUUACCACAGAGAGUGAAUUCAGUACCGUCUCACUGAGAAUUUUCUGGUGUUAGAACACUCUAGGUGUUGCCCCACACCAGAACCAAAAGACGAAUAAAAUGGGGAAAGGUCAGAGUAAAAUUCAGAAAACCCUCGAGGGACUAAAAACAAGUGACUGGAAAUUUAUUCAAAGUAAAGACCCAACUAAACUAAAGCAUAUACCCAUCUGGGUUGACAAAUAUGGUUUUAGUGGAAAACUACAAGCUACAGACGUUCAAAAAUUAAUGAAGGAUAUCCAAACUAAAUGCAAAGAUGAUAAAAAUAAAAUGACAAAACAUGGAUAUGAGGAUGCAAAAUACUGGCUGGUUGAAGCAUGUAAAAGAAAGAAUGGAGAGCAGAAAACCAAAGAAACAUCAAAGACAAAGGGAAAGGAAGAGGAAGUUAAACCGCAGAAUAAAACAGAAGUUUUAUUUCACAGAAGGGAAGAUGAUGAAGAAGUGGUGACAAGCAGAAGGCAACAGAGACAAGUAGAAUCAGAGGAUGAGGAAGAAGAGCAGGGAGCUGUGGGAAGACAAGAACAGGGAAGUGUACAAACAAAGAAAAUAUAUCCACAAAUACCUAGUAAGCCUCCACCGGCUUAUGAUCCCCGUGAUGGUUUAAAAACGCGCUCAACAGGAAAACUGAAAUAUGAUUGGAGUAAAACAAUGAACAGCGAAAACCCACUGACACCAAUAGCAGCCGAGAAACCGAGCGCCCCACCUCCUCCAGAAACUGAAUCCUACCCAAUGAUUGAAGUACCUAACCCUAAUAUAGUUGAAGGAGAAAACAGAACAAUUCUGGUAUACAGAACAUGGACUAAAGAUGACAUUAAAAAGGCUGUAGAAGGGAUACCAGAUCCAAAAGAAGACAUAGAGGGGUUCUUGGAAGGGAUGGAGGGGCUCAGGAGAAGCUAUCAUCUAAAUGGGCCAGAAGUACAGCAGGUGUGGAUGGUGAAAAUACCAACUGAAUGGUUCCAUAUUAGAGGAAAUUGGGAUCCAAAUCAAAACAAUGUACCUCUAGCGCAUAACAGUGGUGAAUUAGCCCGCAGAGUACAAGGAUUAGCUGAAAGAGCUAGGCAAAGGUUCAUGACCAGAGCAAACUACACAGAAAUAGGAAGAGCAAAACAGAGAGAAGAAGAACUUUUCGAAGACUAUAGGCUCAGACUAGAGAAGGUAUUCAGAGCGCAUAGUGGACUACAGGAUGACGGUCAAGAACAGGGAGUUUACAGACAGCAGCUGAAAAAUGCUAUGCACACAAAUUCAAAAGAUGGAAUCAGAGCAUGGGCACAGAAACAUUUAAUCAACCUAGGGACAAGCACCUUAGAAGAAUAUGUAAAUCAUGCCUUGCAUGCAGAAAAAGUGCUAAAACAAAAGAAAGGGAGAAAAACCAAAGAUGCUUUCUACGAGGACGAGUAUGACAGUGAAGUCUUCUUCCAAGGCAGAGGCCGAGGAAGAGGGAACUUCAGAGGAGGACACAGAGGUAGAGGACGAGGAGGACAAAACAGGGGACGAGGACGCUUAAAUCAUUAUGGGUCACGAGGUUGUUGGGCAUGCGGUCAGGCAGGACAUGUAGCCAGAGACUGUCCAGAAAACAAGACAGCAUGACUAGAGAAAGGAACAAAUGACACCCAUGACAAAUCUACACAGGCUAAAACCACCGACUACUGUAGCGAACAAACGACCCCUGACUUUCCUGACACAACAGAGGACUCUGAUGACUGUGUGAUGAAUUUAGAAGAAUUAUUUGCCCUAGAUGUACCGAGACCUGAAAUCAUCCUGCAUGUAAACGGCAAACAGAUGACAUUUCUAUGUGAUAGUGGCGCUUGCAGAACCACGUGCAGAGAACACAUCCCAGGGGCACCACCAAUACAAAAUACUCU